GUGAGUUCACACACACUUCCUGUAAAGGUGCGUGCCUCACCGUCAGCUGACUGAGGACAAACAGAGCAGAGAGGAGUCUCAGACCCAUCAGUCCAGCAGAGGAUCCUGCAGCAGCAGCAGGACCGGGUCCAGAUCUGAUCCAACCUGUUUGCAGCAGGAGCUCAGGAUGACUUCAUGUUGGAGGAAGAAGCUGAGAUCAGAAAGAAACAGACGAGCCGAAGCUUUUUAACCUCCUGCAGAAGAUGUGGGGACCCCACAGAGACCAGGAGCCAUGCUGACUUUUACAGAACACCCGGGUUCUGGGGGUCCGCCGUCAGCUGCAGGGGAGCUGCGGAUGCCCCUCUCAGACGCUGUGAAGUACUGCAUUCUGGGAAUUUCUGUCCUCCUGCUCCUGCUGGCCCUGGCCAUCCUGGCCUGGCAGGCCUUCAGGUGCUUCUCACAGACUGUGACGUACUGGAACCAGGAUCCAGUGAACUCUGAUCUGCUGUUCUGUGAGGAAAAACCAGCAACGGCAGGAAAAUACUCCACUGCUCCCAGCACCUCGGUGGAGGACGUCUCAGCUGAAGCUCACAGACUCAGCAGAUGUUUGUCUCAGGCCUCAUUUCCUCCAGAACCUGCAGCCGGAGAGACAAGACACGAUAAAACUAAUAAAAAGGUUUCUGGCUCACUGUCCUUCUCCGUCUACCUGGACCAGCUGCAGCCCCGGCUGGUGGUCACCAUCCUGCAGGUGGAGGGUCUCCAGGGCUACAGCCAGACUGCCAGCCUCCAGCUGUUCGUCAAGAUACGCCUGAUGUGCUCCGGGUCAGGGGGGGCAGAGGUGGAGGGUCUGAGGGAGCAGGAGGAGGAUGUGGAGCUGCCGGUCCUGUGGACGGUGCUGCAGGAGUGGCGCACUCGCAUUGUGAGAGGAAGCUGCAGGCCUUUAUUUGGAGACCAGUUCAGUUACAGUCUGCAGGAAGACCAGGACCUGCUGGACCGGCUCAGCCUCAGGAUGGAGGUCAGGGACUUCGAUAAGUUCUCUCGGCACACGGUUUUGGGGGAGGUGAGGGUUCCUCUGGACCGGAUCAACAUCACUUAUCCUGUGGAGCUGCAGGAAGAUCUGCAAACGCCUCAGAAGGAUCUGGUCGGAGAGGUGCUGCUCUCCUUGAGGUUUCUUCCGACCUCUCAGAGGCUGGAGGUGGGUCUGCUGAAGGUCCGGACCCCCGUCCCCGAGGUGUCCUCAGAAACAGCUCUGUACGCCAGGAUCAGCCUGCAGUGCAACCACAGCAGGUCCAGGUACCAGAAGACCACCUGCGUGGCCCGCUGCCCCGUCACCGUCUUCAACGAGGUCCUCAUGUUCUCGCUGCCGGACCCCCCUCUGCUGCAGUGUCAGAUCUUGGUCUCUGUGUUCGAGGUGGACACCAGCGGGAAGCAGAGCAAGCGUGUGAUUGGCCAGCUGAGCGUGGGGAAGGAGAGGGGCUCAGAGGACCAGCACUGGGUCCUGAUGGUCCGCUCGGUCCGGCAGCCCGUGGCCCAGUGGCACCGCCUGCUGCUUUAAGACCCGGGGGGUCCUGGGACUUCAUGGACCCUUUAACUCCUGACCACCACUGUUCUUGUUUCGUCUCCUCUUUAGAGCCACAACUUCUGUUCUCCUUCAGUAAAACAGGUUAUUUAUAGAUUUAAAAAGGUUGAUUAUUUAUAAAACAAAUAAAAUGUUCUGACUCCUC